AAGUCAGACACAGACAGCGUUUUCUGCUUGCUGUCCUCCGGAGAACAGCAUCCGACUUCCACAAACAGGCUUCUGGGACCAGAAAACAACAUUUCUAGAGACUCCCUGGCCUUCUGUCCAUUCAGGAUUUAGUUUCAGGAUUCAUUUCUUUUUGAGUCUUAUCGUGUGAAGAACCUCACCGAUCAUGAAUCCUGAAUAUGAUUACCUGUUCAAGCUUCUCCUCAUCGGUGACUCUGGAGUCGGAAAGUCGUGCCUGCUGCUGCGCUUUGCAGAUGACACCUACACUGAGAGCUACAUCUCCACCAUCGGGGUUGACUUCAAAAUCAGGACUAUUGACAUGGAUGGGAAGACUGUGAAGCUGCAGAUUUGGGACACUGCAGGUCAAGAGAGGUUUCGAACAAUCACCUCCAGCUACUACAGAGGAGCACACGGCAUCAUCAUUGUUUACGAUGUAACCGAACAGGAAUCCUUCAACAAUGUGAAGCAGUGGCUGGACGAAAUAGAUCGGUACGCCUGCGAAAACGUCUCCAGGCUGCUGGUGGGAAACAAAUCGGACCUGAUUAGUAAGAAAGUGGUGGAUGCUGCUACGGCUCAGGAUCUGGCGUCUUCUCUGAAGAUCCCCUUCAUAGAAACCAGCGCCAAGAACACUGACAACGUGGAGAAGGCCUUCCUCACCAUGACCGCCGAGAUCCACAAGCGGCUUGCCAGCGAGGGAGGCGGCAUGUCGGGGGAGUCCACACAGGCCAGAGGUCAGACCACCAAGAUCAACAGCGCCCCCGUCUGGCUCGGCGGGGACAAACAGACACAGGAGGCCAAUAACUGCUGCUGAGGAUCAAUUAGAUCAAUUAAUUCCCAGAUUGUACCAGAUGCAAUUAUUGUUAUAUUUUCUGUUAGAAUUA